AUGACAGAUGAAUGUGGUGGAAGAGAACAAGCUGCAGACCCUGCUCCAAGCCUGGAUGCCUCUGACCCAGAGUUGCACUAUGAAGAGGAGGAAGAUGAGUCAAGUGAGGAGUCUGAGUCCUCAGAUACCAGCAGCAUCUUCUCUGAUGACUCUGUCUACCCUUGCUACGAGCUCUCCGUGAGGGCUGACGGUGGUGAGGAUCUUAGCCUCUACCAGUGCUGCCUCAGAAAUGAUGCCAAGCUGGUGCAAGAGAAACUGGAGCGUGGGGUAAGCAGGCAGGAAGCCAUGGAGCUGGACAUCAAUGGGAGGAAUGGACUGAUGGUUGCCUGCUACAAGGGCUUUAUGGAUAUUGUGCCUCUGCUGAGAAAAUGCCCAUAUAUAAAUAUCAACCAUCAAGAUAAUGAUGGGAACACGGCGCUGAUGAUGGCAGCUCAAGCAGGACACAUCACAAUAGUCAACUAUCUGCUGAACUACUACCCAGCUCUAGAAGUCGAUAAGAGAGACUUCCGGGGUCUGACCGCCCUGAUGAAGGCUGCGGUGCAGGGGAAGAAGGACUGCGUGACAGCCCUGCUCUUGGCUGGAGCUGACCUGAAAGCGGUGGACCACAUCAAGGGGAAGACGGCCAGGGACUGGGCAGCGCUCACAGGGCGCUUUGAGACGAUUGCUCACAUCCGGAACCUCCUGCAGCGCCCACGGGCAGAACAGUUCAGCAGCCGGUACCUGCCAGAGUGGCCAGCCUUGGCCGAGCUAGUGGCCAAGGCUGUGAGCCCAAAAUCCAGAGGUGAGAGGCUGUCGGAGAAGAUCCGGUCUGCAUUCACCUUCAAUUUCCCCCAUGACCCUGAGGAGGAUGGUGUGAUGGACCACAUGGUCAGGAUGAUCACCUGCCUAGCCAGUCCAUUUGUAGCCACUGCUUGCCAAACCAUCUGCCCCAACAGUCCCCCAGAAGUAGGCAAGCACAGACUGUCUGUUCCAGAGAUCCUCAAGGAGUACACGCCAGACCGGGACCCUGAGUCAGAAACCAGCUCAUGCUCUGGUGCUGGGGGAUCCUCUUGCAACAGCCAAGUUGUGUCAGAGAUCAGGCUGCUGUCAACCUAUCAACCUGUCACUGGUCUCAGGAGCUUCCUACCCUGGAGGCUGUUGUGGAGGAACAGCAUCUUCCCUGGAGACCAAAUCCCUAAAAUCAAACUGACCAAGUCUUCCUCCCCACCUGCGUGCAAGGAGAAGAAGCGACGCUCAAGGGACAAGAAGCUACUGGAACCACCCAAGUGGCGAUACAAGGAGCUGAAGGAGGAGAAGCGAGCAGCUGAGGAAGCAUCGGGUGGGAAGAAAAAGAAAGGGAAGAAGAAGCCCUAA